UUGCAUCAUUCUACAAGAACGUCUCGAGAAGGAAACGUGCUAAAAUUUACUGUGAAAUUAUCGUGAAUUUCGUGCAAAUCUAUAAGUUAAAUCGUGUAGAUCAGAAUGGCAAGUGGAGGAGACAAUCCGGAUCAACCGAGACAACCCCGAAACAUGCAGGGUCUGCUCAAAUUUGCUAUGGAGGCCACGGCGGCCGAGGACGCCCCUGCUGCCGGCCAGCUGCCCCAAAUGGACGAAGAUCGGCGUCGCUUCCUGGAGGAAGCCCUCAAAACGCUCACCGUCGAUGUGGUCCAGGAAAUCGAAAAAGCGAUGAAAACCCUGAUGGAUCCCGCCACCGAGGAGGACGACAAAGCGGAAGCGAUCGAUGUUAUAAUCGAUUACGUGGAGGACAUUGACGCGGCCAACGAUUUCUUCAAAGUGGGAGGGUUCGUCAUCAUAAAGCCCGGACUAAACUCGGAAAACGUCGACGUGCGAACGGGAACGCUCCGGCUGGUUGGCGAGCUGGCCCAGAACAAUCCCACCUGCCAACAGCACCUGCUCGAAGCGGACGUCCUGCCCCGCCUCGUGGAACUGCUCUCGGACGAAGCUCCGGUGGCCAGCCAAGCGAUGCACGCCAUUUCCUGCAUGGUUCGGCAGUUUGAACCGUGCCUGGCCGCGUUCAUCGACAUGGGUGGCCUCGAGUGCAUCCUCGGCUGCAUCCAAACGGACAACGAAAAGCUCCGCAUCAAAUCGUCCUUCCUGAUGUCGGCCCUCUGCACGGAAUUUGCCGCCGUUCGGGAUGAGUUUAUCAAGCUGAAUGCUGUGGAAAGGGUGGUGGCUUCGAUUCGGCCCUCGAAGGAGUUCGAGCCCAAGCUGGAGACGGCGCUGUCCACGCUGACGGUGCUGACCGAGAGCCAGGACGCGAUUCGACGCUGCCAGGCGGCCGGUUUGAGCUUGAGGUCGAAGCUGGAGUCGAUUCUGAAGCUGAACGAUGGGAAGGAGGAGUGUUUGGAGCAAAUUGAGUACGCCAACACGCUGCUGAAGCGAUGUUUUACCGACAACAAUGGUGGAACGGAUCGGUAAGACAUCUGAUUACGGUAUGGUUGAUUUGUUGAAAGAAUCGUAAUUGAGAAUAAAGCUGGGAGUUUUACAUUCAAAAA